AUGGAUGUUCCUAUUUGGAAUGAUAACAUUGUUGCAACACCACUAUUGCCAAAUAAAGAAGAAGAAAACUCUAUCAUAGUAUCUACUCUCGUUAACGUUCUUUCCUCGUCCAACUCCAACAACAAUGUUGUUGUUCCAGUUCCAGUUCCUGUUCCUGUUCAUGAUAAAGAAGCAGCCACGUCAUCAUAUACAAGUGGGUCCCUUUCUCUCUUGUCUUACGAGAAUCUUUACGAUGUUAACACGUGUAAUGCAUGUAAAAUCAACGGUUGUCUAGGUUGCAGAUUAUUUAUUGAAAAGGAUAAAGAAAGUGAAAAGAAGAAAAAGAAAUACAGAGGAGUGAGACAGAGAGCAUGGGGAAAAUGGGUGGCUGAGAUUAGAGACCCAAAAAGAGCAACACGUGUAUGGCUAGGAACAUUUCAAACUGCUGAGAAUGCUGCAAGAGCUUAUGAUCAAGCGGCUAUUAAGUAUCAUGGAGUUAGAGCUAAACUCAAUUUUGAUUUCUCUGAUUAUAAUGAUUUAGUUGCUACUCUUGAUGAUGAGAAGAAGAAGAAGCUAGGUGCAAAUGUUGAAGAAAGAAAAACUAACAUAAUAUCUUUUGGGUCUACAAGUGAACAAGACUAG